AUGGCGCUCCCACGAGCAGAAGUGUUCGAAGACGAAUUUCCCCUGAUCCGAAGCUGUCCAGCCUUGAACGAAAUCCGCCUUGCGCAGGAAAUUAAGGACUUGACGAUAGAGGUAGCCUCCCUUACCGCGAAUAUUCAUGUUUGCUUGCGUGUUAGGUCAUGGACGGGGCAGAGCUUCACGCCAAUCGUAUUAUAUUGGCGGCUCGCAUUCCGUCCUUGCGAGCCACUCUCAGUGGCCCCCUCGGGGAGGCGAAUUCCGUUCUACGAUGGCCGACCAUGCCAUUGAGGUAAUUUUGUCGUCGAUUUGGUGAUUUUGCUUACUGCUUCUGCGCCUUCUAGCCUCGCAGCUACGUUCUUGCAGUACGUCUACACGGGCCGAGUGGAGAUGAGAGAAGACAAUGCGAGAGGCCUGGUGAUGCUUGCAAGAAUGCUCGAGUUGCCUCACCUGGUGGACUGGGGAGUGGCGUUCAUGGCCAGAGGGUGCGCGCAUUUCCUGUCUAACUGUCUGUUCUGCAGGCUCACUUUAGAAAACCUGUCUGCCGUCUGGGACUGUGCGAGGUCGCUGAACGUUGAAGCACUGGCGCAAAAGUGCAUCGGACUGAUGAGAGCGCAGUUUGAAGACUUGGUGCCAACCGACCUCUUUGUUCGUCUUCCUGCCGAAACUCUGCUCACCGUGCUUCAAAGUGAUGAUUUGCCUGUGUCGUCUGAAGAGCAGGUUAUCGCGGCCAUCUCACGGUGGGUGGAUGCAGGUGCGUGCCUGGCGGAUGAUGACAAAAGGCUUCAAGUUUACGCUCCAGCAAUGCUAAAGGAAGUGCAGUGGCACCAGACGGCCGUAAAAUGUCGCAAUCGUCUGCUGGAGAGUCAUCCGACAUUUGGCAAGAGUAAUGAAUGUCUGUAAGUACAUGACAUUGCAGCCCUGUUAUUUUUUCCUCUGAAAGUCGGCUUCUGUUUCAGAUCUCGAAUUGGGUUGGCGCCGCAGACAAGGAGGAGCGGCCCUGUCCCUUCAACAUUAGGCCUCGUGUUCGUCAGACCUUCGUUGCAGCAGACAGAGAUCCGACGAUCUUCCUCUUUGGGAAGGACAGUCAGCGAAGGUGGUCUGUCCUGCGUUGGAAUCCGCAUCUGCAGCAGGCAGAACGCGUUGCUGACAUGGAAGCUGGCCGGGGGGACGCCUCCUACAGUGCGGUGGGUGGUGAGUUGCCGGACAGUUGUUUGACUGAAGUCUCCUGCCUCUGGGUGCAGGCCUGUCAGCACAUUUUGCGCCACGGGGUGCAUUUAGUGCUCGUUGCUUUUUGCUUCUUAAAGAAUGCAAGCCCUUUUUAAGCUGGCUACUUUAUGCAUUCCUCUCUUUUUUUCCGCCACCACCACCAAACAAAAGAGAGCAUUUUCGUUGUUGGAGGAGGGCGGCGUGUUGAUGAGUUUCUGGUGAGAGAAGGGCGCUGGCGCGAGCGGGCGCCCCUCGCCGUUGGACGCCGGGGGCACGCAGCCGCCGUCGUGAAGGUUCCCACCGCUGCCGCCGACGGAGAGGAGACGCUGAUUGGCGUUUUCGGUGGAGCCUUGGAUGGGAUUAUCGUGGUGCCUAUUUCCUCCUGUGAGGUCUAUGACGUCAGGCAGGACAGGUGAGUGUAGACACGCAUUUAUUAAUUUUUCUUCGCCAAAAAGAAAGAUUUCUCUCCUCUUCUCCUCACUCGCCUGUUUGACCGAACAGAUGGCACAAACUACCCAAUCUGCCGGAGGCGAGGUACUGCCCGGCUGCUGCCUGUCUGCCCGGCGACAGUCGGGUCUUCCUUUUUGGCGACUACCGGCUUGCCUCUGUGGUCUUCUGCCAUCUGCGAGCAGACUGGCGUCGGCGGCAGGAGACGACCUCAACGGACUUUUGGCAGUCGGCUGCCCCCAUGAGAACUGCGCGAUACGGGCACGCAGCGACGGCCUUUCGGGGAGCAAUUCUGGUCGCCGGUGGAGAGGAUGGAGUAGGCCGACCUCUCAACACUGUGGAGAUGUUUACGCCGCCAGACGCCAGCAGCCCCCUCGGCCAGUGGACAGAACUGGCCCACAUGCAGAGGCGUCGCAGCUGGUUCACUCUUCUCACCUCCACCAACACCGUCUUCGCUCUCGGCAACGGUAAUGCAACACACCAUUAAAUGCAUUCCUUCUCCUUUUUUCUUUUGAAUGCGCACUCUGCACCAGCACUGUGUGUUUGUGUGUGCCUUGAGGCUGAAUGGAGCGACCUCACUUGCGGUGCUAUUAUUACGGUGGCCGGGUAAUUUACCUUUAAAUGGAGUUUUUUUCUGUCUAGUAAACAUUUUUGAAUGCAUGAAAAUUCAUCAUGUCUGUCCACAGUGUUUUUUAAAAUCUCGGCUAUAAAAUGACUCUACUGUAAGCCAGUAAAAUAGGUUGCCUUUGUCAGGAAUUAUAAGAAAGAAGCCAUAGAAUAUCAAACAACUUAAGCAACGCUGGCAAAAACUUAUUCGUCUUCCUUAGGUAGAGGACUGAAGACGGGGAAAUAAUUUUUACACAAUUCACAAUUAAAAGCAUUCUUUCUCUCUUUAAUGCCAUGCAUUGGCUCAGCAUGCGACACCCACGUUACUCUGACAUGUGUUUUUCCCUGAAUGGCCACUCUGCAGCACUUCUGUGAAUACCGCCUACGCCUCUUUGUUUCCCUCUUUCUCUGUCUUAGAAUUUUCUUUUUCGUAACCGACCUUCAUUAAAAUAUUUUUUAAUUUGUAGGCCUUCUACGCAGCAACACGGUAGAGGCCUUCGCUGCCCCGGGAGGUUCAGCCGACCCCGACAACGACUUGACCGCUUGGGUCUGGUCGUCCAAGAACCCAGUGGAAUCGCUUAGUUGGAUUCACGGAGCAGCAAGCAUUCACAUGUAAACAUCAGCCACUUUCCUGAUAAUUUUUAAAAGAAAUAAACGACUUGCAAGUAAAUCCGCGUUGCAGUUCUUACUUUAAAAGAUGUGCGGUGCUCACACGAGGGUCGACCAUUUUAGUACGAGAUUUGUUUUCCCGGUGAAUGAAAUGACUUCUUACGACACUGUGGACUGCGCGGGGUAGUUGCUAUUCGGCAGGCAUUUAUUCAUCCGUCGAUGUAAUGCGCGGCUUUGGUGAAGUCACAAAUCCAUCGGUGCGGGGUUUAGUACAAACGCCAAGUUAUAGGAAAUACUCGUACUUUCCGAAUUAGAAGCAUGUAGGGAAGCCGAUUUUCUUGGACACAGAGAUCUUCACCAAGUGGUUUCAAGUAUGAAAACUGGAUUGCCAGUACGAGGAAAAUGUUCGUCAAAGGUGUCGGAUAUUUGCAGCACCCGAAAACUCAGACAGGAGCAGUUUGAGGCUGGGGAUAGAGAUGAGUACGUAGUUUGUAUUUGCUAAGUGAUCGCAUUGGCCGUAAAAGCGUCAUCAAUUCCUAAGCAUGCUCGAACUCACCCGGAAUUGCCUACCAAAGCCCGACAGUAAACGACACACAGACCUACGUAAAAAGGGGCGCAAGUGAGUUAGUUGCUGGUGAUUUGUACUUUUAAAGCAAGUCGUCGUGGGUGUUACAGAUUUGAUAUUUCACCAGAAAAAUGUCCCCGCAAGUGUAACUGGACAAGGGAAGACUUGUAGCUUCCAACUCUCACGAUCGUCAACACAACCGUUUGCCCUCAUCGUUUUCGGUACGCACGCCACGAGUGACUCCGCCUUCGGCUUGCGACACCGUGAUGUCCAUCGAUGUUUUCUCUUUACCGAUUAGCCGCAGAUGGACGAAUUUAGGGAGAAUGAGAUUCGACUGAUAUUUGCGCGUUGAUAAUGCUAGCUGUAACUACCUGCGAUGCUGCCUGUACACUUGAUGAGUCAGUGGUCGUCUUCACCCUGAUGUUGCAUGUUUCCAAGAGAGUUUGACGCGGGGCAACCAAAGUCGUCUACCAACGGCCUAUCAUUUACUUUUUGCAUGACUUCAUAAAAAUGUCUGUUGGACACACUUCUCGAUAUUGUGAGAAGGACUAACCUACUUGGUGCACUCGUCCCCCAAGAAGAGAGCGACAUUCAGCUGUUAAUUCGAAAUAGUCUUGCGAACUGGAGUGUAUUUGACGACACAGUAAUCUUUUAAACAUUAUGCCAUUCGUCCGCGCGGUGCUAUCCAACUGAAUGGGAAGAGGGAUUUAGCUCUCUUAGAUAGGAGCGCUAUUUUUGAAACAUAGCGUGACAAUCCGUAAUCACAUUUGUUCUCAGGAGUGGCUGCAAAAAUUCGCAUGGGCUGGCAGGGGGAGGAUGCCGAACCGCACUGCUAAUUUGUGAGACAGUGUUUCACAAUAAUACUGAUAGGCAGAAACCACAACAGAACUGCUAAAUAGGCAAUUUACUAAGCAUGUCACAGCCGAAUUGAACCUUUUUCCUCGUCACUGCAAAAUACGCCAACAUCAACACCAGGUAAUAAUUGACUUGACAGAGCUAGAAAAAAAUGCUGCCACAUGCUUCCUUCAUCUUAUCCGUUAUCGGCUGUUGCCAACUCUGCUGAUUACCUCUACGGGGAAAUUGUUUAGCACAGACUUCAAGGAAUAUCCAGAUUCAAACAAAUGAUAUCAGAGGGUAUUUUGGGAAACAGACGUUCAAAUAUUACCAGGUUAGUCAGUGGGUUGCAGCCCAAGCUAUGAUUAGCCAGAUGGCACUAACUGCGUAUGAAGCUUCACGACCGCAUAUGCCGCCUGAGCAUACCUGACGCACAUGCCUGUGGCGUAGAGGCCCGCACACCUGGCGAGGUAAAAUCGAUCGAUCACUUGCUUAACGCGCCGCGAAACAUCGAUCGCAAUACCUGCGUGAUUAAUGCGAUAAGAUCCGCACCUGGACUGCCUUGAGAGAAUGACGUCAAACUGAGCCGAUUGCGGCGGCGUGCACUCUCGAUGCGCACUCCGAAUCUAAACAAUUUCAUGCAUUCUUGCACACCGUGACUCUUAAUUAAAAAAGCUGGUUAGGAAUCACGUACAAGGCCUAUGCCAGCCAGCUCGGCAAGACAGUGGAACAAGUGGCUAUGUAGUAAACAUUAGGGAGACGAAGUUUAGAUUUGAGUUUAGGGUUAAGCUUGGGUUUACCGAUAAACGUCAAGCUGCGUCUCAGAUUAUGACCGGGUAAUAAUUGCCGAUUCUCAACUUUAGGUCUUGAGCAUAUAGAUGAUUCCGACCUAAUGUUGUGAAAAAUAUGUCUAGAGAAAUAGGAAUCGAUACCUUUGGAGACGACAAACAUACGGGAGCGGACGAGAUGACGCGGUACAUAAUCUUGUAUCAGGCAUGCUGCUUUAAUAAGAAAAAGAUUGCAAUUGGCAGUUAUUGCAGUAAGAGAGAGAUAUUUGUCUCAGGCGUUCCAUAACAAAUCUUGAACUUCGAUUACUGACCUUGGCUGGUUUCACGCAUUUACAAAAUAAGUUAUUAGAUUGUAGAAUGAAACUUAUGACUAAAAGUUGUAAAAAUCCCCAUAAUUAUGUUCAGAAGAGACAGUGGCGAGUGAACGCUCCUUUCGGGAACUUCUCAUCUGGCCAAUGCAGUUACACGACUAAAACACAUCUUCUCCUUCGAGAUGAAGUUAUUUUUUGCAAUUUUUCCAUUUACGGGAAGUUAAGUAUACCUGUUCAUUCUAAGUAUGUUUGCAGAGAUUUAACGUUACGAAAUUAUAUCCGGCAUGAGAAAACGAAUAAAAUUUGUGUUCUCACACAGUUCAUCUAUCUACUUAGCUUGCCAUAGUUCCUUAACGGAAUGCCACUGAGAUUCUGUCGUAAAACUUGCUACUUACUUUGCGUUUCCAGGGAUUAUUAUUGAAUAACUAACUCUUUUGCCCCUCCGUUCUUAUUUGCCAUGGUAAUUUGGUCGUUAUUUGUUCGUGAACAUCAGCGCCGAGUAUAUGAACAUUCCUCAACUUGUACGCCACGUGAAGCCUUCUAUCUUUUUAUCAGUAGGAGUCCAAUUCGAUCCGCAGGUGGUCUGUACUAAGCCUGCAUUCCUAAGUCAUUGUGAUGACACGCGAGCUUAUUUCAUACGCGCAAAUGUUUGUGGAUUUUCGCCCCGAUAUUUCCCUCGUAGACUUUAAAUGUAAUUCUAUCGGUCUAAGUUUUAUAAAUCGGAGAUAUGACUUCACCGUAGAGAGAGGAUAUAAGUUGAGGUAGACCUACCUGAAAGUAGAAAAGAGACGGCGUUUAGAGGCAGUGAAAAUUUUGGAGAAAGGAUGAUAGAAACUUGUUUAAUAGCAGUUAUUGACCUAUACCAGGCAAUCUGCUUCAAAACGACGACAGUCGUAAGAAGAAUUGAUUAGAAACAGAUGCACAUACCAGACUCCGGCCUUUUUUUCCAUAAAAAUGCAAGAAUAACUCAUGAGCACUUUGAGCAGUGCGAUGCAGGAAUAUAUUUUGGUAAAGAAGCAGGCCGUGUCUGUGCCUCUUAAAUGUAUGAUUAAGCUAAUGGAGCGAAAAGAUUAUAGUGCUCAAACAUCUUAAGUUCAGAAUCAUUCAGUCCUAUAUGCUCGGACGAACUACGAACAGAUGCAGAAGACGUGGAUGCUAUUAUAAUUCACGGUCGUCGGAUAGCGCAUCAAUUUGUUAUUAUCCCUGUUCACCAAUGAAACCAACACCCCAAAGGAAUAUUUGUAUUCCUCCAGUGGUCGAGACAUUGUUCUCAUAUCUAAAUAACACUAUUCCGACAAGUUUAAUUUUAAAAAUUAAGUCCUCUUUAGCUAUCAUAUUUAUUUUUUACCGUACUUGCGCAUUUCGUGAUUGUAGCAGCACUUUUUUUCAUGGAAAACGCAUUUUCAUGCAGUAACUGUGAAUCUGGGUUUUUCACAGUAGCAGGCCGAUUUACUUUAAUUUGCAAUUAUGCAAUGCGGUUUUGGAAUAACAUCAAUGCCAAUCAGACGUAGUGAAAAUAAGAAAACGAAAAAGCUACGUAAGUCUUCCAUCGACAACGAACGCAACAAAAUCCAAGAUGUCAAGCCGACCUCGAAAUCAGCUCAAUGUUCAGUCAUGUUUUGUGGUUUCGUUUUCUGUCCUAAAAAAUAUUGAAAACUUUCCCGGAAAAUCCCUUUGUAUAAUUAGAGACAAAGUACUUAUGCAUAGGAAUAAGUGAUAUUCAUAAUUACAUACUAAUUCUGACAUUAAAGCCCUUAUGUGUAAAAAAGCUUAAACACUUAUUUCAGUUUAAAUCGCACGGUGGUAUUUGAAUCUGUUUUCCCGCAUCGAGGUCCACAAUGAUAUUGAGCCGAUCUGAAAACAUGUCAUGACAACAGAGCACAAGUUACCAAGAACGAUGCCAACGACCGCGUGGGUCAACUGGAGACUUCAGUGCUCGAGACUGCUUCUUCACAACGAACUCCUCUCCAGGGUCCAGCAGACGCGUGAUGGUUAGAGGCAAAUACGUCCCCCCAACAUUGACCUUCAGAUGACGGUCACGUCCACAGGCGACGAUGAUGUUUCCUUCAAAGUUUGAUGAUACGAUAACCGACCAUUCGAUUUAUGCAAUAUUCAAUAAUUCAUCGUGGACACAGAGAUAUAUUUAUUUUGUAAUUCACCCCGGAAAUUUUUGUGGAACACUAGCGGAGGAAUCUACGUGGUUUGUACUAAUGAAGACCCGACAAUUGCCGAUCGAGUAUGUAGCAGCUGAACCGGACUAUCCACGCAGAUAGGUCGACUGUUACUCUCUGGAGGCGGCACAGGGGGAAGAUGCGAAACUGAAAGUGAGAUGAAGGUUUAUAGAUUACACAGAUGAACCAUGAGUGCUCUCGCGAUCAUGGAUCUACCAACAGUUGAAGAUUAUCCUGGUGUCCCUGCCUUGAAGUAUUCACUGAGACCGCUUUAUGUGUUUCAAACGCCUUUGUCAAUAGCAUCAAACCCGAUAACUGCAUCCGCGUGAUAUAUUCGCCAAAUGGUGGGGUCUCCCGUUAAUCCACCCUUACUCGCAUUGACAUGGACAUUUUAGAGUACUAAAAAUUCCAGAGGCGGCAGAUAUCAUGUUUUGAAGGAAGGAUGGAAGGAAAAGCCGAGAAUUUCUAGAGGCAAUGCACUUAGAUGAGGCAUGCAUCAACCGGCACAUCGAUCUGGAUGCCACAUCCAGGCAGAUUCAACCUGACUGAACAAAUCCCAAUCAUAGGAUCCUUGGCCAGACUCGGUUUAGAAGAUAUUUGUUUUUGCACGCCCGUUGACUGAAGAGGAGCUGGGGAACCAGUCUCGAAAAUUUACACAUUACAGUAUACUGUUUCCCAAAGAAUUGUAUCUUCCCAAUUAAAUCUCUUUGAAUGCCUGCCUUUCAGUUCGGUAUCUGUGUGGAAUGUCCGAAUUGCCGUAUUUAGAGAUACCAAUAAAUACACACACAUGCGGGAAGACGACUGGAAAAUUUACUCUGUGCAACUGCCAGGAUCAAGUCAUCUGCACGCAAACCGUGGCUUGUAGAUACAGAACUCAAUACCGAAAAGUAAAAUAUAAAAGCGAUAACCAGCUCUUAGCUCCACCAAGAAUGUAACACUCUAAUAAUCAUCACUACACGGUGAGUUAAACCAUAUGAAGGUUAUCCUCUGAUGUAUAACACGCAUUUGGCAGCCAUAUUCCCACCCAUAUCCCUCUUCUUCCUCAUCCCUUGUUUCCCCUCAUCCACUUCCCUUCAUUUCCUCACCGCCAUUUACACCUCCCCCUCCUUCCCACAUUCACUUAAGAUGUCUCACGUUAAGGGAAACAUAGGUGACACAGAUUAUCUAGGGCUACUUACAACAAAACAAAGCCUUGACACAUAAUGUAUCUCAAUUGCUCUCUGGGACUCCUCAGAAGCUAUAAUCAGCGAUAUCAAUAACUAUUCAGUAGAGGGAAGGUGGCUGGAAAAUGUGCCCUAGAUAACUAUUGGCAUCACGUCAUCUGUUCUUAGACGGUGGCUCGUAGAUACGAAGUGUCGAUCGAAAAGGAAACAACGACGAGCCCCGUGCUCCCACUCUCCGAGAUACCAAACAGGCCCCUAGGUUGAGUUCACUUAAUGUAAGGUGAUUCCAAAAUAACAGCACAGGUACUAGCUAAAAGCCCAUAGAUGCCAUGACCGACAACGUAAACACCCUCUCCAUCAAUCUGCCCCCAUUUACGCCGAGAAACCCCAGCGUAUGGAUUCAGCAAAUUGAGGCUGUUUUCUCGAAAAAUCCUAUUACCAAUGAACGCACCCGAUAUUCAUACGUGGUGCAGAGUCUUCCAAUCGAUGUCGCCGUUGAUUUUGAGCGCCUCGUCAACCCGAUUCCUGCGAUGAACCUUACACUCGGUUAAAGAACGCUGUGGUCCAGCGUGUGGCUAAAUUAGAAAAUAGGAUGCUGCGGGACGUGUUUACGCAAGUGGAACUCGGUGACCAAACACCGGGCGGUGGAGUGCACCCAAGAUAGGCUGGCUUAUCUCAUCCACUUCCCUUGAUCUCCGAUCUUUCUUACUCAGUCUUGACGCUGGGCACAGGCGGGGGAAGAGUAGAGAGUGUGGUCGAUGCAGCGCAAGUCUGCUGUCGCAAUAAUCCUGCGAAAGUCACUGCCCCAGCCGCCACAAGCACCUGCUGUGGGGCAUACGGUAGACAUCGUCGUAUGCGACGGUCGAACUGCCCUGGAGGUGUUUGUGUGUGUGUUUUUUUAUGUAUUUACUCUACUAUUUAGUUCCCCCGUCACCACCCCCAAAUGUCCCAGGCUAAUUCGUGUUGUUGUCUCAUAAACACAAAUCAAUGGCCUAAAGAUGUGUUCGGCAGCCGUCUGGGAUAACCGGGCAGCCCUAUUUAGGGGGUGCGCUGCCCGUCCCGCGAGCGGAAAAAGGGGCUAGAAAAGGUACCCUAAAAUCACUGGGAGCCACGCUGUCUGUAGGCUGACCGUGGCCGCAUACCAGAAACACAAUGUCGAAUAAGCCAAAACCGAAUUUUCAUUCAUCUCAUUCACUGCCGCCAGACUGGUACGGUGAGUCCGCUUACUCUGACAGCCUGGUAUGUUCGUUCCCUUUUAGACAAUCCGAGGUGCAACCGACCGGAACGGAGGACGGCGCUAGUGGCACGAAAACUGGCGCGCUACAAGGUGGACAUCGCCGCACUCAGCGAGAGUCGAUUCUCCGAACAAAGCUAACUGGAGGAGGAGGGUGCCGGCUACACCUUCUACUGGAGUGGUCGCCCCAGGCCAGAACGACGCGACGCGGCUGUCGCCUUCGCCAUCCGGAACGACAUCGUGGGACGACUGCUCUGUUUGCCACAGGGCAUUAACGACCGCCUGAUGAGCCCUGUCCUCCUUUCCGGCUAGGCAUAUUCGCCACCAUCGUCAGUACCAACGCUCCGCCGAUGACCAGCCCCGAGGCCGCAAGAGUCAAGUUCUACGAGGGUCUGCACGCCUUCCUGGCGACUGUGUCAAAGGCGGACAAUUUGAUUGCCCUUGGUGACUUCAACGCCCGCGUCGGCACAGAACAUGCUGCCUAG